AAAGCACUAACUCUUAUAGUUUGACGUGUUUGUCCAAUUGACAAGAUGUUGUACAUUUUCCUGCUACUACUUCAGACAGCUGAUGUUGAAGGCAACUGUUGUCCAAAUGCAUGGAUCCGAUAUGGUAAUUCCUGUUACAUGUUUAUUGGCACCCAGGAGACAUGGAUGGAGGCAUCUCAACAAUGUGUCGGGCGUGGAGCUCAUCUUGCAACUAUUGAGACGGCCGACGAAAACGCUUUCAUAACUGGUUAUCUGAAGGUGUUUGGCGAUAUUGGUGCUAACAUGGCUACCUGGGUAGGUGGCAACGACAUGGAGAUAGAGGGGAUAUGGAAGUGGUCCGUGAGUGGUGAACGUGUGACAUACACCGACUGGGGACCCAAAGAGCCAGAAGGCUGCGCAACCUGUGGGGACUGUAUGGUCAUAUGGCCCAAUUACAACUAUAAAUGGGGAGAUUACCCAUGCACGCAAGCAAAUUUCAUCUGCGAAAAACAAAUAACAGACGGAAGCCUUGUUGGAUAAGCAAAAUAUAUCUAAAAUAAAUAAAAGCAAAUAUUCCAAAA